GAUUUUGCAGUAUCCUUCCCUUGGAUUUUUUUUUUUUUGUUUACAUUUAUACCCCGCCCUUCUCCGAAGACUCAGGGCGGCUUACAGUGUAUAAGGCAAUAGUCUCAUUCUAUUUUUGUAUAUUUUUACAAAGUCAACUUAUUGCCCCCCCAACAAUCUGGGUCCUCAUUUUACCUACCUUAUAAAGGAUGGAAGGCUGAGUCAACCUUGGGCCGGGCUCGAACCUGCAAUAAUUGCAGGCUUCGGUGUUCUUAAUAACAGGCUAUUACCAGCCUGAGCUAACCGGCCCUUUGUGGAGGGAAUGGGGAUUUUGCUAUAACCUUCCCUUGCCACGCCGACCAACCUACAGAACCGGUAGUAAAACACGUUGAACCCCACCACUGACUCCAAAUCCUAUGGGGAGGGAACGUCUGCUUGUGCAGUUACCGGGGAUGAGGUGCUCUUCCUUUUGAGCUGACUUCAAGCAACAGCGAGCACUCCUGCGGGGUUGCUGGUGGCGGUGGAAGGGGUCAGAUUCAGGGCUCCCCUGGUCCUCGCCGGCGGGGCUGCACGGGCGGGGUUCGAGCGGCUUCUACCCCGAAGAGCGCCAAGCCCCGCCUGACUGUAGGAAGGGAGGUGCGGUCCGAGGGGAGCUCCGCCCCGGCCACAAAGCUGGAGGUCCAGCGCUGCGCCAGCUUUGCCUCCCCUGGGCGACCCAAUGGGUUUCCCGCAGGCGCUGCUGGCGCUGGUGGGCGCGGCGGGACUGGCCGCCCUGAUCCUGCUGGUACUGGGCAGCAUCUACUUCGAGGCCACCAACUCGGAGCUGCCGGCCGGGCUAGAGCAGCCGGCCAGGCUCCGCGUCAUCCACGCCUGCCGCAUCGGGGCCGCCGUCCUGGGACGCAUCUUGGAGAACCUGCACCUCUGCAGUCAAAUCCAGUUCGUCCGGUUUGUGCGCAACGCCUGGACGAGGAGGAGGGAGUCGGCCCUCCGCAUCCAGGAUGCCGCCUUCGAGGGCAUCCCUGUCCGGCUCUACCUGCCCGAAGCGCCCUCCGCUGACAGCCCCAGGAAGGGCAUCGUGUACUUCCACGGAGGGGGCUGGCUAUUCGGCAGCCUGGGGAGCCAGGAGCACCUCUGCUGCUACUUGGCCAGAGAAAGCGAUUCGGUGGUUGUAUCUGUGGGGUACCGCUUGGCUCCUGAGCACAGGCACCCCGCCCAGCUCAACGACUGCCUUGCUGCUUCCACCCACUUUCUGAAGGUCGCGGAGGACUAUGGGGUGGACAGCAGCCAGGUCAUCCUUGCUGGAAAUGAGGCGGGCGGGAAUCUCGCCGCCAGGAUCUGCCAAAUCUUAGCAAGGAGAUCGGGCCCCACCCAAGUGCGCGCUCAGAUCCUUCUCUGCCCCGUUCUCCAAGCGGUAGACUUCAACCUGCCUUCCUACCAGCAGAACCGGGCCGUGCCGCUUCUGUUCCGAGAACGGGCUGCUUUCUACCUGCUGCAGCGCUCGACGGGAGAUGCUUCACGCCUGGGGGACAUCUUGGAAGGGUCGCACGUCCCGAUGAAGCUAAGAGCGCAGUACAGGAAGUGGCUGAGCGUGGACCACCUCCAGAAAGAAUUUAAGGCCAGGGGCUAUAAGCCCACCUCCUGCCUUGCUCCCAAAGAGGAUGCCUACGAGGCCCUUCAGAGCCUGAUUUCGCCUGAAUGCUCACCGCUUCUGGCGGAAGAGUCCGUCCUCUCGCUGCUUCCCGAGACUUUCAUUCUGACCUGUGAAUACGACGUCCUGAGAGAUGAUGGCCUGCUCUACAAGAAGCGCCUGGAAGACCAGCGGGUCCCGGUGACCUGGUGCCAUCUUGCGAACGGAUUCCACGGAAUUAUAGACUUUUUUGAGAGAGGCUGGCUCGGUUUCCCAUCCGGGAAAAAGGGGGUGGAUGAUAUUGUCAGCUUCAUCAAAGGCUUAUGAACUAAGAAGAAUAACAAUAUUAGGCCAGGAAGCAGAAAACAUUCAUUUGUCACAAAUUCAGUCCAGUUAGGACCAGCAGCCUGAGCAGAAAAGCUGAAUCGCUCUGGAAUUUGAGCAGUGGCCAAGCAGAUGGGGUGCUCAGUCUGCCUUUGCUUCCCAUGCUUCCCACCACGGAGAAGAGAACCAAAUGAGAUGCUCUCGGCCAAAAGGGGAUUUUCAAUGCUGGCUUCAUGGCGGCAUGGCUGGCCACAAGACACGGCCACGUCAUACCAUCCUAUGGUACUGGACUUGGUGUCUGCUGCUCUUUUUUUUUUUUUUGUAAACAAACAAAUGUUUAAUACAUCAAUCAUCCCUUCCAG